AUGGCAGAUCACGAAGGCCAGCCUCUACCGGAAAUCGGUACUCUGCUUGUACUGGAUGGUUUACCGGUGGUCGACCAAGCCCACCGACCUACGCUUAUCAAAUUUCUCCUCAGGAAAUUAGACAGUCCUGGUCCGACAGACACCCGAAAGGUGUACAUGCCAGUAGACUCACACCAGAGAACUAUCGGGUCUGCUAUUACACGAUUUCUAGACCCUGCCAAAGCCGAGGAUACAAUUACACGCCUCAAUGGCUCUCAUCUAGAUAGAAAUCAUCAAAUGACAUUGGAGAAGGUUGAACUUUCGGAGCGAAAUAGGCUCAUGCAGAAUAUCGUUCCUGGCAUUGAGCAACAGCUGGGCCUCAUUUUACCCCUUGACAUGGAGACAGAGUUAUUUCAAGGGGGAUGAAUAAUAGGGAAAGGCUUCUUUCGUUUAUCAUCAGAACAUAGCCCUCCUAUGUCCG